AUGUUGCUCAUUGGCCGCCCGCCUGCUAUUGACAUGCCAAAGACCGGGUCGCCACAUGCCGCUGCACGCCGGGCGCUGGCUGCUGCUCAACGACAUGCUAUUUCUGGGAACCAGCUCCUCUACCGUGCUGUUAAGCACGGCACCCUGCCGUGCCUCCUUGUGGCGCUAGCGGCCGUGAAGAAGGACAACAAGGCGGCGGCAUCCUCGUCGGCGGCGAAGCCCGCCAAGGCCGGCAGCGGGAAACAGAAGCAGAAGAAGAAGAAGUGGAGCAAGGGAAAGCAGAAGGAGAAGCUCAACAACGCCGUGCUGUUCGACCAGCCCACCUACGACAAGAUGCUGUCCGAGGCGCCCAAGUACAAGCUCGUCACCCCCUCCGUCCUCUCCGAGCGCCUUAGGAUCAAUGUGUCCCUGGCUAAGAGGGGCAUCAAGGACUUGAUGGCAAGGGGGCUCGUAAGGGGAGUGUCACUUCAUGCCAGCCAGCAGAUUUUCACCAGGGCCACCAAUGUACCAUCGAGUUAGUUGUAUUUGCUAGUGGCGUUUUUCUUGUCCAGUACUAGGCUAAUUAGAUGAAAAUGAGUUGUAGAUUAAUAAGAAGUUGAUACCCUUGUAUUUAAGUAUAUUCUUCAGUCAGUACGAAUAGUGUUAAAUUAUCUUGUUUUUACAUGAUCAAUCUUUGUUCGUGGGAUUGUAGAUUUGAUCACUGCCUUUA